CCUUCGAGCCCUCGAGCCUCGCUCUCUUUCUCUCCCCUUCUCGCUCUUCCCCCUAAACUCCCCUUUCCCUCUCUCUAUCUCCCGAUCUCGUUCUCGACGAGAGCCAGGCGGCUCUACGAUCUUAUAGCGAAGAGAAAGAGAAGAUCGCGGGUGCAUCGAUUACUCGCGCGUACAGGUCACCCGGUUUGUUUCCCCACAUUUGUUUCUCUACGCGCGUCGUCGUUCGCGUCUCGUCUUCGGCGGCGGGAUAUCUCUCUUCCUCUCCCCCCUCCCUCCCCUCCGCCGCUGCCGCCGCCGCCGCCGCCGCCACCGUCGCCCGUUUCCUCGGUUUCCCUUACAAGAGCGACGGGUUCCGGGGGAGGCACCUCGAUCGUGAAGCCUCGCGCUUCUCGAUAUCACGCUCCAGGUAUACUGUUGACAGUGGCGGAAGGGCAGCCUCCUUCACUUCCACGAGAGACGCGCGGACAGUUUUGGAUAAACUCGUUUAUUGAAAAACAAAAAAAAAUGGUGUCGACACGUCAGUCAAGUAACAUGGGGAGUAGUGGUGGCAGUGGAUUAGUUGGUGAAGUAGAAGUAAAUUCGUUAAAAAAGCAACCUUCUGUAACAGCUGGCACAUCCAAUAAUGGAGCCACCAUUGAAUCGCGCAAUUUGAAUCUUCUGGAUUUACCUGUCGAAGUCCUUGAGAAAAUCUUUGGCUACCUAGGUUUCAAUAUGGUAGCCCAUAUGCGUUUGGUUUGCCAUCAACUGGACCGCAUUUGUGGAUCAAUGCUAAACUCUACGUUUCAAAAGCUACAAGCUCAAAUGUUAAGCCGUUUUCAGGCUAUCAAAGCGCAAAUGCCCAGACGCGAGUCUGCGCGUCGAAAUCAUCCGUUAGCAUGCGAGUCGGAUAUUAUUGAAACUCUACAUAUGCGGCUUACCCUGCUGCAAAUGAGUUUCGGCAAGCACAUUGAACGGAAGCAUUGCUGCUUCUUCCCCGGCGAGAUUUUAGAUGAAGUUUAUCGCAUUCUCCAUUAUAUAAAAGUUACUCCGAAAUUACAAAGACCUUACAAAGUCACAGACGAAUUGUUUGAUCUGAGCACCAUGGCUAUGGAAUAUUUCAAGGAACACAUUGAACCAACAUUACCAGAAAUACCUUACUUCGGUGCUGAUUUUCUGGAUCUUGCAGGAACAUUCUCUUCUUCUAGUAGCGUGAGCAAACCAUUUAUGUGCCUGGAUUCCACGCCCUUGACCAUUGGAAAUGGAAAAACGGGCAAUGCUGGUGAAGAAGAAGGUUCUUCGUCGCAUUGUUCAGAUGAUCCCGCUCUUUUGGAAUCCAAUGUAUCACCACCACAAUCGAACAUGGUUUUACGAAAACGAAUUCGCAAGAUUAAACAGGGCAUGAGACGAUACAACAGUCAGCUAACAUUGAUGCGUAGGGAUUUGAAGAGUUGCAAGGCGAAAAUUGCGGAUCAACAGAAACAAAUCGUAGAAUAUGCUACUCGAUUGGAUGAUAAUGACAAGAAGAAUGAGGAGACGUCACGAAAAUUCAGCACACUUCUACAGGAGUUGAACAAGUGUAAAACUGAGCUACAAUAUUGGCGCUCCAAGUCACCAGCAAUACCAGUGUGUGUAGGUUGUGGUCAGUCAAUGCCAGUCCCUACAGAAGAUUUACAAGCUUUAGCCAAUCAGGGAGUGCUGCCGGAUGCGUUUGGCGAAGGGCACGACUUCAUUCCCAUUGCGGAUGCUCAUAGUCCCACCGAAGUGGUACAGCAAUCUGUAGUUACGCAAUCUCCGUCGACGCCGACAGUGGACAUGGCACCCCCAAAGGCUCCCGUGCCUUCAAUAUCUUUUAAACGGAGAUCUAUCGUGGAAGAAACGUCGGGCGAUGCCGCGAAAAAAUCACGUCGCACUGCCAAGUCUCGUCAGGCUAAGCGCUCAAAAAUAUAAAUUGAUAACACUGAUCAUGGUACAAAUAUUCAACCAAUCUUUAAUGGAUUUCCGAAGAUAGGGACUUUCUAUGGUUUACGCGCGUUUCUUUAUGUCAGCAAGCCGAUAUGAUCUUAGAAGAGUACAAAAUUCCUUACCGAACGUCCUGCAUCUCGCGCAACGAACAUCGUUUUAAAAAUUUUAGCCGUAUCGAUUGCCGCGAUUGUCAAGAACGCUAGUUGAUUUUUCGAUUAUUUCACGAGUUUAUCGUCGCUGAUAAUAACGACGCACUUUAAUGAACAUUCUAAAGAAGCCUAACCGAUCAUUCGCUUUGCUCGUAAAGCAACGUCCAACUUUCUUGAAUUCUUAUUAAAUUCAUUUGUUUUUUAAUUAUCAUUGCCGCGAUACACUUGAAGACGAUAGAAAGUUGAAAUCAUGUGUCAUGUUUGUGUUUGUCAUGCAUUUAACAGCGAUAUCGCACGAAAGAACGUACUAAAUAAUAUUAUGGCGACAAACAUUCGCCUUCCAUUUUGCUCUUCGAUCAAAAAUAUGCGAUUCUCGUGUUAUUUUUAAAAUAAUAUAUCCUUGCUAGAAUGUUGAUUGGAUAUCGCGUCUUCAAUAUUUUGAUCGAAUAAGACAAUAUAGGAAUAGAGAAGGCAUUAAAAUUUCAUAAAGCAACUUAUAUAAAUCGAAUUUUGUGGUGGAAACCAAAUAAUUUUUAGAAAAUUGUAAAUUAAUUCGAGCAUUUAAACCACAUUCUAUAUUAAUUGAAUCGGUAUAAAGCGAGUAAU